CGGCCCCUUCCGGUGGUGGCGCGGAGCCCUGGGCCCGGCUGCGGCCCGGCGCGGUGCUGGCGUUCCCGGAGGCCCGAGCGCGGCGGGGGCCCCGGGCGUCGGCGAGGCCGGAGCGGGGCGGGCCCGGGACACAGGCGGCCGGCGCCCUCGGAGCCAAAGGCGCGCGACGGUCACGGCGGGGCCCUGGAGCGCCUGGAGACGAUGCCAAAGCUGCAGGGCUUCGAGUUCUGGAGUCACACCCUUCGGGGGGCGCGCCACGUGGUGGCCCCCAUGGUGGACCAGAGCGAGCUGGCCUGGAGGCUGCUGAGCCGGCGCCACGGAGCACAGCUCUGCUACACGCCCAUGCUGCACGCGCAAGUCUUCGUCCGCGACGCCAACUACCGGAAGGAGAACCUGUACUGCGAGGUGUGCCCCGAGGACCGGCCCCUCAUCGUGCAGUUCUGUGCCAAUGACCCGGAGGUGUUUGUUCAGGCGGCUCUCCUGGCUCAGGAUUACUGUGACGCCAUUGACCUGAACCUGGGCUGCCCACAGAUGAUAGCCAAGAGAGGUCACUAUGGCGCCUUCCUGCAGGACGAGUGGGACCUGCUCCAAAGAAUGAUUUUGCUGGCCCACGAGAAACUCUCUGUUCCUGUCACGUGCAAAAUCCGUGUCUUCCCAGAGAUUGACAAGACUGUGAGGUACGCCCAGAUGCUGGAGAAGGCCGGCUGCCAGUUGCUGACAGUGCAUGGGCGCACCAAGGAGCAGAAGGGGCCCCUGUCGGGUGCAGCGUCCUGGGAGCACAUCAAGGCCGUGCGGAAAGCUGUGGCCAUCCCUGUGUUUGCCAAUGGGAACAUCCAGAGCCUACAGGAUGUGGAGCGCUGCAUCCAGGACACAGGUGUACAGGGUGUCAUGAGCGCAGAAGGCAACCUGCACAACCCCGCCCUGUUUGAGGGCCGGAGCCCUGCCGUGUGGGAGCUGGCCGAGGAAUACCUUGACAUUGUGCGGGAGCACCCCUGCCCACUGUCCUACGUCCGGGCCCACCUCUUCAAGCUGUGGCACCACACGCUGCAGGUGCAUCAGCAGCUGCGAGAGGAGCUGGCCAAGGUGAAGACCCUGGAGGGCAUUGCCGCCGUGAGCCAGGAGCUGAAGAUGCGGUGUCAGGAGGAGAUAUCCAGGCAGGAGGGAGCGAAGCCCACCGGCGACUUGCCCUUCCACUGGAUCUGCCAGCCCUACGUCCGGCCGGGGCCCAGGGAGGGGAGCAAGGAGAAGGCAGGUGCGCGCAGCAAGCGGGCCCUGGAGGAGGAGGAGUGUGGCACGGAAGUCCUGUCCAAGAACAAGCAGAAGAAGCAGCUGAGGAACCCCCACAAGACCUUCGACCCCUCUCUGAAGCCAAAAUAUGCAAAGUGUGACCAGUGUGGAAACCCAAAGGUGAGUGGGUUUCAGCUGCAUGCCGCCAAGGCUUCACCUCGGGGGGAAGGGGAGGCGGGGUGGGCAAGGUUGUCCCUGCGCUGCUUGGGGUGGCAGGUCUGGUGCCCGCCCAGCUGGGUUUGUAGUGUGGCCCAAGGUGGCAUGGGUGCCUCAGGAGGGCCCCUUGCUUCCAGCCAGCCCCCUGUCCAGGCCUGGAGUGGGAAUGAGUCUGGGUGGGUUGGGGUGAGGGGGUCCCAGGGCUGCAUCCAGGCCAUGGGGAUCUGCUGGCGGCUUCCCUGGCGGGCUGCUCCCCUGCUGGCUACCUGUCCCCGGGAGCCAUGCUGGCCACAGGCUCCCCAGCUUUCCUGUUCCCAGGGCAACAGAUGCGUGUUCAGCCUGUGCCGCGGCUGCUGCAAGAAGCGAGCCUCUAGAGAGACCGCGGACUGCCCAGGUCACGGAUUGCUUUUUAAAACCAAAUUGGAGAAGUCUCUGGACUGGAAAGGGACCAAGCCUGAGCUGCAGGAGCCUCAGACGGCCACGCCCAGCACACCAGGUGGCUUCUCAGAAGUCAUGAGUAGUGCUCUGGCCUGAAGGCCCAGAACCCCCACCCCCAGGACCGCUCCUGGAGCCCGGACACGUCCUACUUAAGGAAACGUCUUUUACUCAGGGAAUCUCCCCUUACUUAACGUGGAAAGACGCGCCCUGUCCCCCUCGGCCCGCUCUGGGGGCCUGGAAUGCUGCAGUGGGGAGCAGGCCCCAGGCUGGACCUGCCCUGUCCUCAGCACGCGUGUGCAAAAGCGGACAAUAAAUCAUUUCAAAGAUGCCA